AACGAGAGUGGAUGCCAUAAGCAGGAAACCUUUGCGACCAUUUAAAGAAGAAUGUAAAUUCUUCUUCCAUACUUAGUACAAGUAUGUAGAGAGAAUGUGUGUUCCCCAGAUCUUGUGAAAGUCCUUGUAUAUCAGACCAUUAAUCCUUCCUGCUUACCAUCAGAAUACAGUUAGUCAACAAAAGGAAUUAAGUUUUGCAUAAUAUUGGAUAAAAUAAGGAUAUGUCACUCAUUGGCAAGAUCACCCUUUUGAAAUUCGUAACUCAAAAUCAUAAUGGAUUACACAACAUCAUCAGGGCCUCUUGAAUCAUGUUGGACAAGGGACGCAAAACUGGAGAAAAGGUCGCCGCUGAUGAAAAAAAACUAAAGACCCGUGGGAGAAACCGGAUCUGUAAGCAGUGCAAGUUCACAUGCACUGAUCCCAAAGACUUUCUAAAUCACCAGAAAUACGCACAUUCUCAGGAAAAUGAUCCUGAUAUACUUAACUCCAUAAGUAAGAGACGGAGAAGUUCUAACAGCAUUAAUUGUAACAGUCACGUCUCACUUGUGAAAAAAAUAGCGACCCGAUCAAGUGUUUCUCAUGACAUUGAUGACAAACCAAAAUCUGAUGACAAUAAAAACCCCGAUUUAAGUGCCUUCCAGGACACAGAAGAGUCACUUUCUCCCGUGAAUAGUGAUAUCCCUGAUUCUAAAUUAAACGAGACCUCAUAUUCUAUGAACAAAGAAAAUUUGUCUGUUGACGAAAAUAAAGGUGACAGUGUAAGUGACAAGUUAGAAAAACUAGAGAUGGAUUCCUCAGAAGUGGAACGUGCCAGUAACUUUGGAAGUGAACAUGAAGAACAAGAUGAGGAAGGGAAACUCGUAAUUGCAGAGGAUGACCAUGCAUCAAAUAAAACACCAACCCGUAGUGGAAACAUUCAGAAUCGCACUUAUGUCUGUAACCAGUGUGAGUUCAGUUCCACAAGUGCCAAAACUUUCCUACAUCACCAGAAGGAUGAACAUCAACCUGACAUCAUUAUAUACGAGUGUGACAUCUGUGAAUAUGCCACCAAGUAUAAACAAAAGUUACCUCGUCAUCGAAAACUUCACUUCACUGGGAAAGACAAUAGCAGUUUACUGAGUCCUUACGAUUUGGAUGGCAGUUUUAAUGAAAGCAAGGAUAGAAGUGGAAGUUUUAGUGAACUAAUGAAGAUGGAUGAACAUGGUCCUAACUUUGUUAGAAACGUUGUAGAUGAUGAUGACGAUGAUGAAGACGAGGAAGAAGAAGAGGAUAAUCUACCUCAGGUCGAGUCCCAUGAGUUAGCACCCAUAUCUGAUGGCACACCUGUCGUGGAGAAGAAGAAACGCAAAACCAGACAGGAAGUGGAUCCCGGAAAAUAUUUUGAAGUUCAGGAUGACACAGGAAUAAAAUACGCUUGUUCAAAAUGUGGCAAUGUGUACAAGUGGAGAAAAUCUCUGAACAAACACUGGAAAGAGAAACAUUUUGGUGACAUUCCUGAUUCUAGUGUUCCACCCCCUGGGCUUGCCAAACUCAACAGCCUUACUCACAUGCAAUAUACAUAUAGAUUCCCUACCUCAAAAGGGGGCGACCGUCUGUCACCUUCAUCUCAAAGUCAAAGAAGUGAAAGGUCAAGGUCAGAGACCCCAGUCAGUAUGGUGGAGCGUUACCAACCAGGUGCUGACCUCAUGGAGAAUAGCAGCAUGUCAUCUGUUGUGAUGCCUCGCUUCAUUGGACCGUUCAUCACAGACAGUAUAUCAGUCAAUGGAGGUGACCCCUCACCAAGCAAACCUGAGGCCUUGUAUCCAAGAUCCAUGAUAGAAUCUAGUCGUGAACAACCCAUUGACUUCUCUGUCAAAAAGGAGAGUGAUUUCAGUCCUUACCUGAAGGGAUCCCACUCUUCUCCCUCCAUUAAAAGUGAACAUGCGUGGUCUGAACAAACAUCUAGUCUUGAUCUCAGUGGAAACAAGAAAGAAGAUAGUCCUAUACUUCAGUGCAAUAGAUGCUCCUUUGUAGCAAAAACUUUAGUAGACUAUAGCUCUCAUAUGACUUUACAUUUGAACAAACGAGCUUUUAAGUGUGCAGAAUGUCAAGAACAUUUCAAUAAUGUCGAAGAUUUGAACAAGCAUUUUGGAGAAAACCAUUCCGAGAAAAUCCACGAACACAAGGAAGCUAUACAGAAGAUUCCUCAUGGAUUGCAGCAAACAUAUCACCUCCUGAAAAUGCCACUGAAUUCCAUUGGUUCCAUUGCCGUAUCUGAAGCAUCCACUUCUGGACCCAAUGAACCUAAGUAUCUGAAAUGCAGCAUGUGUCACUUUGUUGCUAAAUGGCCAGCUGAACUUCAGAAGCAUGCCGUCUCCCACUCUGAGGAGCGACCUUUUGUUUGCAUGGUCUGUGGCUCCACCUACAAGUGGAAAUGGGAUCUAGUCAAGCACUUCGAGAAAAGCCACAAUUCUCUGACCAAUCCAUACAAGCGUAGAGAACAAGGCAGCUCUCCAGCUCCUUUGACCACCAAACCUGACCAGAAUUCCAUGAUGAAAUCACCCCCAGUGCUCUCCCCUGUCACAGGAUUUCCUGGUGAGCGGUAUCCUAUGACAAGUAUAGCGGCAGCUCUUAUAGACACUGACACAUUCCAGAAAAGAAGUGUAGAUAGCUUGUCCUAUGAGGAACCAUCUAGGAAGAAGAGACGUCUGUCAGAUACUGAUAUGCCAAAUCUGAUGGACCAGUCUCAGGCAGAUCGUCAGGAGUAUAUCACAGCAGGUGCUCUCAGUUAUGACAGACAUGAGGAUUCCAGAGGCAUUGAAUCAGAAAGUGAGGACUCCCAAGGAAGUCUGAAAAUUUCUGGAACUUCUGCUCUGCGGGACAUGGAAAACCUCAUUCCUCCAGAAGAUGAGAUGGGAAAUGAUCCAAAUGAAAUGUUUGGCACCUGUUCCAUCAAUCCUCAGACCCAGAUGGCUGUUAUAAAUGCAGUUAAGAAGAGAAUGGACAACGGAAAGCAAGCCAGUGUCCCUUCUAAGCCUCGGCCAAAUGACAAGGACAAAAAUUCUGAUGUACUUCUACCUUACAAGUGCCAGAUAUGUGAGUACAGAGCUAGAUGGCCAUCUGAAAUUACUCAACAUAUGAAGAACCAUUCUGACGAAAAGCCUUACCACUGCCCUAGAUGUAGCUACAAGAGUAAAUGGAAAUGGGAUGUGGUGAAACAUCUGAAGCGCUGUGGAGGAGGUACCAUAAGAGAUGUCAUCGACACCAAUAAACUAAAGAAGCACUCGGCACCACCCAAUGUCACAGUCAUGCCUCAGGGAUCCUUCCAAAGACAAGGCCCAGGCUCACAAUCAGAAUUCAUGCAGAAGAAUAUAGAAAGUCGCUAUGCACUGUCAUCGGUGGCAGAAGCUCUUGCAAGCAACAACAGUGCAAUCAUGUCCAUGGCUGAAAUGAACAAAACUGGUUAUGAUGAUUACGAAAAGAUGCUGAGUCUGUCCAGUAGCCAGCAACCAGUUUUUAAGAGCAUCAUUAAUCAAGGAGUAUACCACUGCUUUGAGUGUCCAUUUAUUGCUCAGAGUCCUGCAGAAUUGAGACGUCAUGCUGUACUUCACUCAGAAAACAAACCAUUUAGUUGUGUUGUAUGUGGAUACAGCUCCCGCUGGAAGUGUGACUUAAAGAAACAUAUCAGAACCUAUGGGCAUUAUGACCAGACCCUGCAAUCCAGGCCUUCCUCUCAACAGACUUCCUCUGGGAAAUUCCAAUAUCAGAUUCCUCAAAGGGACAUUUACCCAGAGGACCAAGACUCUGAAGACAGAACCUUAUAUAAAUGCAAUAAGUGUUCAUAUUCCACCUUCAAGAAAUAUUCAUUUGAAAUUCAUAUGAAAACCCAUGGUGAUAUGAAAAAAGAAGAUGCUUCUUUGGGGAAAUACAACUGUAAGCAGUGUGACUUCCAAGGAACCGAUCUGAUUUCCUUGCUCCAGCAUAAGAAAACCCAUGCUGGCAAAGUUACACCCACUGAAGGUAACAAUUCUUCACUGGACCCAUGUGCUGAACAGGUGUCUAACAGAACCUUGCAGAAACAUCGCAGAAAACCUGUUCAACAAUUUCGUUGUCCUAAGUGCCCUUACACUUGCUUCAAGCGAUCUGGCCUUACUAUGCACGAAGCUAUGCACCAGCCUCGAGGAGACGAUGCCCUGAAAUGUUAUUACUGUGACUAUAAUGUCUUCAGCAAAGGACUUCUUGUUCAGCACAUGAGACUUCAUCCUGAAUUUGAUCCAAAUGAAUGUGGUGAAUUUGCUGAAAUUUUAGAGAAUAAUGACUUUGAUAAUAUGGACACAGAGGAAUAUGAGUAUCUUCAUAACAUGAAUGAAGAUGCUGAUGAAUACAACAGCAUGAUGGAUGAGGACUCUCGACAAAGUCCCAGUGAUCUGAACAGCUCAGGUUCCAGUAUCAAAGCCAGGGAGAGUGGUGCUCUGGAUCUCUCCAGCUCAAGCUUGACUUCAAUUUCAAGUGAAUCCAAGAGAGUUACUGGUGCCACCACUUGUGAACCACCAGAGCCUACUAGUUCAUUGAUGCCGUUCCCUUGUGAGUGGUGUCCAGCCAGAUUCCCUAACCUCACAAAACUCUAUCAUCAUGCCAGUACUCAUCAUCCAAUGGAAUUACGCAUGCAGGAGAUGGGAGAGACACCAAGCAUGGCCCUGCCUACCAGGAUGAGUGAUCCUUACCUUGAACGACAAAAACGUAUGCAACAGAAACAAGAGCUUCAAAAACAAGAGUUGGAGCAACAAAAACUCUUAGAGCAACAAAAGUUGGAGCAACAGCAUUUCCAGCAAUCCAUACUCAAAAAUGCAUUGAAUCAAUCAAGAUAUCGCCCCAUUGAGCCCAAACUUCCAUUUUCACUUGCAGAAAAAAAACCUAAUCCUGUGUACAGUUCUCCUUCAUCAUCAACUCCAAGCACCAGCACUUUUUCCAAGUUCUCACAAGAUGCUAACAACAAUAAGUCUGGCAUUCCAAUUUCACAAUCAUCUACUCUUGUUGCUCGAACCCUGCUUGAAAAGGCCAGAAAAUCGACCAGCCCCAACAAGAGAGGAAGAUCAUUCCAAUGUACCAAGUGUUCAUUCACGGCUCCAAAUGCCGUCACUUACCUCCGUCACAUCGAGAGACAUGGCAGUAACUGUAGACACACCUGUAGAUUCUGUGACUACAGCAUAGACCGGCUUAACCUGCUAUACCAGCACAUGAAGGGCACUCAUGGGGAUCUCUGGAGAGGAACACCAGAGGAGAAGAUCAACCUGACGUCCGGAUCAGGGAGCAAGGUUUACCCUGAAGACAUGCAUUCCAAAGGACCAUCAACUCCUGAUGAGAGCAUGAACAAUAGUUUGGAUGGUUCCUUCACUGGGUUAUCAAAUGAUAGCCCAGACAUCAGUGACGAGGCUUACAAUUUUUCCAUGAAUGAGAUCAGAGUUUAUCAUACAAUGGCAGCCAAGGGACAAAACCCAGUCCUGAUCAUCAAAGAAGAAACAACAUGGUAUGGCGUACCCAUUCAGGUCUGCACCAUCAAUGGAAGAAAGAGCUACAAGUGUCCAAAGUGCAUAUUUGUCAAUGGCAAUCCCAAUAACACAGUAAGUCAUGUUAAGCUUCACAGCAGCAGCAAGAGAAUAUCGUGUGAGAAGUGUGAUUUUGGAGUGGACAACCUUAGACAGCUUGAAAUCCAUUAUGAAUGCCUCCAUCCACAAAACCCUAUCUUCAUUGAACGGUCACCAAGCAAAAUUCCAUUUGUACCGGAAUCCAGCAACUCUGUAGAGGAGAACAACAACUCUGUCAUCUGGAGCAACCAGACACAGAAAACUUCCAACCUGAUCUUGCCGACCUGCACCAACUGUCCGUACAAAUGCAGGACAGUAGAAAUGCUUCAGUACCAUCUGACUCUCCAUAAUCUGGAUAGAGAAUUUAAAUGUAAUUACUGUGAGUUUAGUGUGGACUCGCAAAACCUUCUCUUAAAGCACCUGGCUGUUCACAGAGAACCAUACGAACCAGACCUGAGCCAGAAUGAAGAGGAAGAAAUCAAGGCAGCUAACCAGACACCCACUAGUCAGGACAAGUUCCUGAGCAAAAUUGACCUAAUGCCUAAGGACCUUCAGAAGGAAAUGACAUCUGCUGAAAACAAACUUACACCACAGACUCUAAAGACCGUUUUGAAUAACUUGAAGAACAGCACUGGCAGACUAAGGUACAGAUGUACUAGAUGUCCCUACUUCUCUUUCUGCAAGAACAACAUCAGCAAACACCGUAGACAGCACACUGUCAAGAGUAAAUUCAAGUGCCAGUACUGUGACUACAGUGCUACUAGAAACUUCUUGAGACAGCAGCACAUGAAGUUCCAUGAGAACAGUGCCAUUACUAAUGCAAAAUCUACUAAAUACCAUGACAUUGUCUUGGAUCCCUAUGAUGAAGAGGGAUUGAAAGCCUUGAGCAGCAUUCAGACACCAGAAUCUACUUCAACCAAUGGAGAAGAUAACAUAAAAGAUUUCUCAGAUGAAAAUAAUGAGAACACUGAAGAGACUGAUGCCAUGUCAGAAGAAAGAGACUUUGAUGAAGAGAUGGCAGCUUUAGAACAAGCUGAAUUUGAAGGCCUGGAUGACAAGAAAACUUCUGAUAUAGAAAUGGAAGGGCAGGAUUCUGAUGACAGUCUGUCAGAGAUGGACCCCACUGCUCUCCAACAGCAGAUGUCAAUGAAUCUGUCAGGAACAGUGGGCAGUGAAGAUAAGAUCCGCUAUACCUGCACCCAGUGUCCCUACAAAUGUAACGCACUCAGGAGCUUUAAGUGUCAUAUACACAUGCAUGGUUUGAAUAAGAAAUACAUCUGUGAUUUCUGUAACUGGAGCGCUGACCGUCUCAAUCUCCUGUAUCAGCACCGCAAGGUCCACAGCAAGAUGCCAAACUACAACUCCUCUCCUGAAGACAUUGUCUUCCUCAACCGCAACUAUGCUCUCGAAAAUGAUGCAAAAGCUGUGAUGUCCCCAGAGAACCUAUCCAUGGAUCAGCCAAAAAAGAGCCCCAGCCCAGUCGAUGAGAAAGCUCUACAGAGAAUGUCUGAUCGUCAGUUCAGUGGAAAGAAAAUUUACUGCUGCAAAUUAUGUCCUUUCUCCUGCAACAACAAAAAUAGCUUUGCAUAUCACAAAAACCUUCACAAAAUAAAUGCACGCUACACUUGUAAUCAGUGUUCAUACAGCAUUGACCGCUGGAACCUCCUUGCCCAGCAUAUAAAACUUCACAAGAUGAGCAGUAGAGAGGAACUGGACAGAAGUAAUCACCAAAUGAAUGUCUCCAGCCCUGAAGUGGAACCUCAACUGUACUUCAAUGCAGAAGACAGCCCUAAUGAUAGUGAAAUGGAAAGUGAAGAAGAAAAGCCACAAGACUGGAAGUGCAGCAGGUGCCCUUUCAGCUCAGGUAGCCAGGAGAUGCUGUGGGAACACUCCAAGCAGCAUCAUAAGCAUGGGAAGCAUAGCUGUCCAUACUGUGACUUCAGUGACCAGCAGGAACAGAGUAUGGUGGAGCAUGUCCAGCUCCAUUUCCCAAGCACCAAACUCGACCCCGAAGCUGUCCAUGCCAUGCUGGCCAAACAAGGGGAGAAACUUCCUCAAGCCCCUGAAGUUCCUGUCGUCAAGACAACACCAAAAGAGGCUAAGAAAUCCAAGUCCAUGGAAGAACCAUCCACUGAGUCGCCGCUGAAAUCCAGGACCAAAGUUUAUGUCUGUCCGUACUGUGAGCGUGAAUUUGAUAAGAAAGACUUGAUGCUUAAUCAUGAAAGACAGCACCUGAUUGGAUCCAAGUAUUAACAUUGUGUGUUUUAAUGUUAUACAAGAUUUCUGUAUUUAGUAAGAAUACAAACUUGCCUUAAUGUUAAGAGGUGCUUUACUAUUGUGCAAUUUAUCAUACUCAUUUUGGAGUGCUUUUAAUCAGGAGAUUCUAGUUUGAUGGUCAUUUCAAUAUCAUAACAACUUUUUAAUAUUAAUACAUUGUAUACACUACAAAGAACACUUACUUAUGCAAUAAUCAAUGUAUAGCAAUUUAGUCAAGUAGUCUAUCAUCAUCAAGUACUUGUGAGUAUUUGUUUCGAGGGAUAUAUUUUUGUUCAGGAAGUUAAUUUAUUUUUAUGUAUUAUGUGUGUGGUAGUGAAUAUGAGAAAUCAAGUUCAGUCAAGUCUUUCACAUUGUGUUCAAAUGAAGUCCGUGAAAACAGAUUAUCAUAGUAUUUUUAAAACUUUGGUCCAAGUGCUUUUAAAAUAAUGUAACAAAACCCAUGCAUGUUUAGUUUAUGCAUGUAAGUUCAGUGCAAUGUUCAGUUUUCAAGGCCUAGUUAAGGCUUUCAGGAAAUCCUAGUAAUAGAUAGGAACCAAUUUAUCACUUUUCCACUACAAUAUUUGUACAUACUGUUUGAAUUUGGUAUUUGUAUCAAUAUUUUAUGAUGUAUUACUUUUUCCUGCAGACAGCAGUAUAUUUUGCGUAUAUCCACUUUUAAUUAAUACAUUCCAGUGUGGUAAAAUCACAGAUUAAGAAUAUUAAUCAUGUGAUUAUUUUUUGUUUUGCUUAAUAUAUGUAUUAAUAGUACUAUCUAUGCACAUACAAUGUACUAAUUGUUUAAAAUAAACAAAUGAUGUCAUUUACAUUUAUACGAAUUAUGAAUAGACUCCUUGAAGACUGUUGAUUUCUUUGAAGUGUAUUGGAAGCCAGUUUUGCACAAACUCUGAAUUCAUCAGUAUGCUAAUAGUCAAGAUUAAAUGAUAAUGAAAUGUUUUUCCUGUGACACAAUGUUAGAUUUUUCUCAGUUUUUUUGUUGGAAUUGGGUAAAAAAUGGAAAUUGUCUUCCAUGAAUUUUCUUCCAAUAUUGUGGUUCAAGGGGAACAACUCUAUAUUUUUUUUAAAUGUUAUAUAUUGACUAUGCAAAAAUAUUGUGCCUUAUGGGGAAUUUUUUCAGUGAACAAAAUAUUGUAUAAAUUUGUUCAAAGAAUAUAUAUUUUUCUUUAAUUUAAAAGUGUUCUGGAAAAUUUUUCAUGGAGUAGUUUUGUUUGGCUGUUGCUUAUUUUCAUGUCUGCUUGAUAUACUAUAAUUUUGCUUUCUUUUUUAAAUUUGUAUCUAGACUUGAGUUUUAUUAUUACUAUUUUUUUUUUUUUGGUACAAAAAACUAAGUUAUUCUGACACGGAAACUCAUUGAGAGAGAUGACUAACAUGCUUAAGUAAUACCUUGUCGUGAACGCACACAAAUCAAUUGUUAUGUUCGACUUUUAACCAGGGGUGACAUGCACAUUUCAAUGUCACCUAAAAUAUGUUGACUCCUUAACUUAAUUUGGUUAAUUAAUGGACUUCUUUAUCUCGUUAGUAAUUCCCCCACUCAUGUCUCUCUCAUUGCUGGUUUCUGUGUCAGAUUUCCUAUAGUUCUGUACGAUUAGCCACUGAUUCCUGGUGCUAUUUAUAGUGUAAGAAUGUAUUCAUACUCUUGCUAUUUAUAGUGUAUGAAUGUAUUCAUACGCCAUGCAUUUUAUGAACUUAUUAUCAAACAAAAUUUUAUCCAAGUUGUCCCUUUUCAUUUUCCCCCCUUUGUUUGUUUUUUUUAAUGUUUUUUUCAUUUUCGAUACAUUCAAAAAUCAUGUUCAAAGUUAUUAGACGUAGUUGCUAGUUGAAGAAAUCUUGUUCAGAACAUUAGAACAAGUCCAAGCAAUGUAACAAGAAUUCUGACUGAAGCUUCAUUAUGGGAUUAUUUUUCCUUGAAUAUAAACAUACAUUAUAAUUGCAUGAAAUGUAGACUAUUUAACCACAUUUUAGUUAUUGACCUAUUUUAGAGCAUUUUUUCUUCUUUGAAAUAUUAUGAAAUAAAUAGAAUUGAAAACAUU